AUGAAUAUUCUGAGUGGCCUCUUUGGCCGAACCGAUCACACUCGCAGCAGCAGCAAGAAUAAGGCUUCUUCGAAUACGACUCCACUCUCGGUCGACGAAUCCUAUGAUGAUGAAUCAUCCUCUCUCGAUUACUAUGACGAUGAUGAAGUCCAUGAGGAGGAGGCUGCUUUAAUGUCUCCAAAUUGUGCUUUGGAACAUGCCGAUGAUCAACAAUUUCUUCACAACCAUCCAACCAUGAAGAAAGGCUUAUCAUCUGAUGUACCUUCCAAUCAUCAUCAUGCUACGACCACCAAAGCAUCAAUGGCUGCUGCAAAUCCCAACUCUUCGUCUGACAACUUCACCUCCGUAUCCUCUCUAAACCAAGUCAGUUGUAGCAACAACAACAAGUCUCUUCUUGCUUCUGUCCAUCUGACUCAACCCUCCGAUAUGGACAUGUCCAUGCUCUCAUCCCUGAAAGCAGAUAUUGGAUUCAUCUCAAAAGCACCACAGAAAGCUCAUCCAGCGUGUGCUGUGGGUGUUUUUGAGCUUUCUAACCUUUCCUCUUUCCGUCCUCCUCCAUCCUUACAUGAAGAGGAGGAUGGAAUGGUGGUUCAACCACUCUCUUCAUCCUCUCAAGAGAACCACUUUCUUUCUACUCCCACAAAGAAUCCAAGAGUCUUCUCUCAACACAGUGAUGUUGAACCAGAGAGUGAAGAUGGACUCAGCUCUUACAGUUUACCAAGUAGUUGUAAAAGUGAUCGGAUGAUCUACACCCAAUUCAACCAUAAUUUGAAUACCAGUGGUGGCAGUAGUAGUAUUAGGAGAAUGAAAACUAAUGGUAGUUACUCUUCGAAAUCACAUGUUGUUGCCCGAAAGGAAUAUCUAGCCUUAACCAAUUCUCUCCAAUCGUUUUUAAAGGAACUUUCCGAACAAGUGCUCUCCCAUCAUGCCCUUACUGAAAAGGCAAUGAAUAGAAUGUUGAAGGAAGAUCAUCAAAUACAAGGAACCAUGAUGAAUGAAUGGAGAGAACAUGUGGAGAGGGAUGUGAAGGAACAUUUGAAAGAAUUGAAAACUUUUGUUCAAGACCAAUAUGAAAACACUCGCACGGUGUGCCAACACCAUUUUGAAACUUUGAUGAGCAAUCAUGAUGAGAAACAGAAGGAAUGCAUUCGUGAGUUACAGAUCGUGAUUGAGAAUAAUCGUCAAGAAAUCAAAACAUUGAAGUUAUUGGUUGCAGGAAUUAUAGGACUUUCCCUCUUGUGUGUGAUUGGCCAAAUUUAUUGCAUUUCUUCCACGAAUCAUCGCUAA